AUGAGGAUCUCCUUGGCCCUGCUCAUCCUGCUGCUGGCAGCUGCCUGGACUGGAAGCCGGGGGAUGUCCUUGCGCAGCUCCAGAGCCACGUGCUGCUCCAAGGGAAUGUUCUACCAUCGGAAAAUCCCGGAGUCCAGGAUCCUGGGCUACCUGGAAACACCCUCCACCUGCACCCACAGGGCUGUCUUUGUGAAGCUGCUGAAGGGGAUGGUGUGUGUGGACCCAGAGAAGAAAUGGUUCCAGGAGUACCUGAGGAGGCAGAAGAAUCCAGACAGCACCUCCACGUGA